GGUUUUUAUAUGAUAAGUCAAAUUAUUCUCACAUGUUGAUUGGUUCUUACUUAUGAUCUAUUGGUGGACUGACACAUAGACAAGGCCAUUAACCUUUGUUUUUUGUUUCUGGGUAUUAUUAUAAAACCAGGUCAAGUAGAUUCCAUGUUGCCUUGCUUCUUUUCACUAAUAGAUCACAGAAGGUUAUUAAAAUGUGGUAAGAACAGCAGUGAUACACUCAGCUGUCGCCUCCAAGCCAUUCUGUUCUUACCUAGUUGUUUAUAAUGACAUCAUCUGUGAUCUACAGUAUUACUGAACAACAUGGAAUCUAUUUGUUACAUGUAAGUAGCUUUGUAAUUGAAGGCUGUCCACUUUUAUGAUGAUUUAUUUAUGCAUGAAUGCAGGACUGGGAAUUAAAUGAAAAUUAUUUUCAUUAAAUAUUAUUGAGUCGGUUAGUACUUUUUCUUUACUUUAGGGAUCAGGAACAUUUUUUGACCUGAUACAGUUUUAAAUAAUAAGGCCAUCCCCCUCUUUUUCUCCAUCCAAAAACCAGCAAAGUAAGAAGGAGAGAAAGAACCCAAAAAAAGCAAAGAGAAAGAGUAAAUAUAAGGCCAAGGUUUAUAGCGUUACUCUCCAAAGUUUGCCUUUGAGAUAUAUACUUGUGGGCAAAAUAGUUUUGUAUUGCUUAUUUAUUUCCUUAACGGUUCAUACUGCACUACAGGAGUUCUGUUAAAGGAUCACAACAAAGUUGGCUGCCUCAUUUCUCUCAUAACAAGAACUCUGGAUACUGGGUUGAUCAUCUUUCAGUGGAUGGGUGAAUCAUCUUUUCAAGAAAAGUAUUUAGAGGUCCUGUAUGUUUUGGCCAUCCGUGGACCUUUUUCGUACGCAACUGUGGCUGAUCAACCAGCUGAUGAAAGUAACGACAAAGAGGGUGUAGUACGGUUUCAAAUCCUGACUGACGACCAGACAAAGCUUGUCUUUGAGUUGAAGAAGGAUACUCAAGGAAAGAAUUUCUUGGUUGAAUUGAAUAAAGCCAUUGGAGCUUAUCGACAAAGGGCUCACAUGGUUGGUGUGCCUGAAUUCAAGUGGCUAGAAAAAUAUCAGCAGUUGAUUGGAAGAAAAAGUUUCAUAAGCGUAGAUGGCUGGCCUUGGGAUCACCUAGAAGUAGCAAGCUCAAGUGGAUCAGAAGUUGUAACAGCCUCAGAAUCCAAACCAGACGAUGCAUCAUUAGAUGUCUUUGGAAUGCCAGGGUUUUCUCCUUCACCCACCAUACACCCAUCACUGUCGUCAGCGAGUCUAACCGCCUCUGAUGAAGUAGAUAAGGGAAGCACUGACUCACCUGCACUACCCAGGAGGUCUAUCCUGCCAACAAGCGUUAGUGCCAGGGAUGGAUUUAUUAAACUGCACAUGGCUACAAGAGAAUCGGAAUACACUCAUAUCAAAAAGCUGAAAAUCUUUGUUGGAACAUGGAAUGUCAAUGGCCAGACUCCUGCAGAGAAUGUGGCACCUUGGCUUGCUGUUGAUCGAGAUCCACCUGAUGUGUUCAGUCUGGGUUUUCAGGAGCUUGACCUCAGUGCUGAGACAUUGCUGAAAAAUGUUACUCCAAAAGAAGACGAGUGGCUAAAGAUUGCUGAGCGAGGACUCCACCCUAAAGCUCAAUACAUUAAGGUGAAGACCAUUCGUCUGGUGGGCAUCUUACUGAUGGUUUUUGUCAAGAGCCAGUAUCAGCAUUAUGUCACUGAAGUUGAUGCUGAAACUGUAGCUACUGGCAUCAUGGGUCUUAUGGGUAACAAAGGAGGUGUGGCCAUUAGAAUGCAGAUUCACAACACAAGUAUUUGUUUUGUAAACUCCCAUCUUGCAGCUCAUACAGAGGAGUUUGAGAGGAGAAACCAGGACUACAGAGAUAUUCUAAGCAAGCUGGAGUUUAAUGGGUCCUAUGGUUCAUUUUCAAUCACUGAUCAUGAGGCUGUGUUCUGGUUAGGAGACUUAAAUUACAGGAUCAGUGGCAUGGAUACAGAUCUCGUGAGAAGAUUGGCAGAUAAAGGGCAGUAUGAAGAACUCCUAGCCAAUGAUCAACUCAUCAAAGAACAAAAAGAAAAGAAAUGCUUUAAAGGUUUUAAAGAAGGCAGCAUCAAGUUCAAACCAACUUACAAAUACGAUCCAGGAACAGAUAAUUGGGACACAAGCGAAAAAGGUCGGGCCCCUGCCUGGUGUGAUCGUAUUUUAUGGACAGGAUCUCAAGUCAACCAGCUGGAAUAUCGUAGCCAUAAUAAACUAAAAAUAAGUGACCAUAAACCUGUCAGCGCCUUGUUUGAAGUUGGGGUCAGAGUUGUAAAUGUGGAGCAAGAAAGACAAGUUAUGGAAGAUGUCAUACGAAAACUUGACAGAAAAGAAAAUGAAAACCUGCCCCAAGUCCAACUGGGUACCACAGAGAUUAUUUUUAAAGAUGUCCAGUUUCUUGAAAAACAGACAGCCACUUUGGAAAUUGUAAACACUGGUCAGGUGCCAGCUCGGUUUGCUUUCGUAGCUAAAUUAGAUGAUACUGAAUACUGUAAGCCUUGGUUGACUGUCAAACCAUGUAUGGGGAUUAUAACAACAGGAGGCACCAAACAUGUUCGUCUUACUGUGUACGUUGAUAAAGAAUCGUCAAGAACCAUGAAUUCUGGAGACGAGAAACUUGAAGAUAUUCUCGUUCUUCACUUGGAGGGUGGAAAAGACUUUUUUGUGUCGGUCAGCGGUAACUAUCUCCCAAGUGUUUUCGGUUCAUCUAUUGAAGCGUUGGUACGCAUGUACGGACCUAUCAGAGAAGUUCCUGUUGCAACUCUUGUAAACUUGGAGCAUAUCGACUCAUCAAAUCCCUCAGCUUCACCAGAUUCCCAUCCACUGGAAAUUCCCAAAGAGCUGUGGCUUCUAACAGAUCACUUAUUCAACUUUGGCAUGCGCCAGGAGAACAUUCUCAGGCAGUCUGGAUUUGAGAGAGAUUUGGAAGCGAUCAGAACACAUUUAGAUUGUUGCCGUGGUGGUAAACUGCCUGGCAGUAUUUACUCCGUAGCAGAAGCUUUACUUAUUUUUCUAGAAGCCUUACCUGAACCCGUGAUUCCUUAUGCAUUUUACCAGAGAGCUCUUGAGUGCUGUAAUAACUACAUGCUUUGCAAACAGUUGAUAUUCCAGAUGCCUCAAAGCCACCAGAAUGUGUUUACGUAUAUUAGUUCAUUCCUGAGAGAGCUGUUACUGCACUCUAACGAUAAUAAACUGGACGCCAAAACUCUGGCCACCUUAUUUGGUACCCUGUUCUUGAGAGCACCGAAAAAGAAGGAGGCAGGCCUUAGCAAGAGAAAUGUCAAUCAGCUGACCCAGAAGAAAGCACGUUUCAUGUAUCAUUUCCUCGUCAACGAAUUUGGACCUGACUAAGCCUACGAUUAUUAUGAUGAUCACUGGCAGCUAGUAUUUUUAUAUAGAGUAUCCCAUAGCCUUUUAGUAAUUUAAGUUUUGCAUCGAGGAAAGGAUUGGGUUGGACCAUGAAUUUAUCUGGCCAGUGAGGUUUAAACAUGAAGUCAAAAGCCUGUGCUUUACUCAAUUGUUAAAUACAGUCCGACCCCGCUAAUUCGAACUCGGUUAUUCUUUAAUUCCCCGUUAUUUCGAACUCAACUUUUCAUUUCCCCUGGAUAUACCCUUCAGUCGGUAAACUAUCGGCUGUUUCGAAUUCUCGCUAUUUCGGACUACAGUUCGACCCCGCAAAUUCAAACUUGGCUAUUUUUAAUUCUCUGUUAUUUCGAACUCAAUUUCAUUUCCCUUAAAUUCGCCAUUCAGUCAGUUUACUAUCGGCUAUUUCGAACUACUGUGCUUUUCGUUUUCCCUAAGAAUUCGAAAUAGCGGUAUUCAACUGUAUUGGGAAGUUUUACUGUAGUUUUAAUUCGUCUUUAUUUGCUUAGUGUAUAAAAUACUUUUAUUAGUUGAUGACGUCAUCGUUCUUUUUACGUUGUUUCAGUUCGUAUGAGUUUGUAAUAUCAGCACAAUGACUAACAGUGGUUGUCUAUAUUUUAAGCGCACGUGAGUUAAGUCUUGGUAUUACAGAAAACUGUUACUAUCAACAGGUUGGUAGUAAAUAACAGUCAUAAGUCUCUUGGUUAACACAAGGCCGUUCUGCGUUUCCCUUCGUUUCUUGGUUCGUUUUUGAUUCACUACCACCGCUAUGUCCAAAAAAGUACUACAGUAGUAGUAGUUGCGUACUGUUCAGCGUAUUCGAUACAUAUGUGCAUCAUGUAGUCUUGUGUGUAUUUACCCAUGCAUCCUUGCGUGUUGUUAUUUUUUAGCUUCCUACUUCUCUAGCUCCGCUUAGUGGUGGCAUUUGUCACCUAUAAACUGAUUGACACUAACUCAGUUCUCAAGUUCGCGUGUCGUCGUCAGCCUUCAGAAUUCGACCUGCGUUCCCGCGUUCACUUUGAGAUCGUGAUUUAGAAUUGCUAUGGGAGGGGUAGAAUGGGUUAGGAAUAUCUCGUUCUGACAAUUUUAUUUAUUUCCAGGAAUGAAAAAAAA